UUUAUUUUGUAACUUGUUUACAUGUUUGGGGUGGGGCCGGAUGUGACGUCAGUCCCUCUGUGCACAGCCGCUGAUCCAAACAGGUCAGAUUGUUAUUUCGAUUAUUUUGUGACGGUGUGAAGAAAACCUAGAGCUCACCCGCUGCUCACCUUCGGUUGGAUACUGCAGCACGUUAAGGUGACAUUCGAGCUCUACGAGGCCUCUUUGCUCUGGCCGAUACACCAGCGGGCCUACCUGCCAUGCUAAGCUAAGUGGCUAGCUGUCACCGUCAGCAGGAUUCAUAACCUUAAACCGCAGGUAGACGGUCAGGGAACGUCCCCAGCACCACUUGGUCAAACAUGAUGGUUUGACGGACUCAGAGACGUUUAAUGUGAGUGAGUAAAAAGGCAGACUGACAGCCUCUCCUGUCCCAGAUCAGUCCACUUCGGUCCAGCUCGGUCCAUCUGGAAGAUGUGGCUCAAACUGUUCUUCUUGCUGCUGUACUUCGUGGUGCUGUUCAUGCUGGCGAGGAUCUUUGAGGCGGUAGUCUGGUACGAAACCGGCGUGUUCAGCACUCAGCUGGUGGAUCCAGUUACUCUCAGUUAUAAAAGGCUAAAGACCAUCCUGGAGUGUCGUGGGCUGGGGUACUCUGGACUGGCUGAGAAGAAGGACGUCUGCGAGCUAGUGGAGAAAUCAGGAGAGUUGACACAGGGGGAGCUGUACUCAGCCAUCAAGAAAGAGAAGGAGCAGACGGAGGCAGGAGACUCCAGCACCACACACUUCAGUGGAGAGAUGCAUUUCUAUGAAUUAGUGGAGGACACUAAAGAUGGGAUCUGGCUGGUUCAGGUAAUUGCCCAGGACCAGGAAGCUCUGCUCGGUCAGUCCAACUGGGGGAAGAUGGUGAAGAAAGUGUCUCAGUUUGGGAUCAGAACUGGAACCUUCAACUGCUCUAAUGACUACAGGUCAUGUAUCAAGCGUGGCUGGCAGCACUCCACGCUCAUCAUGUCAGUUCCUCAGACUUCAGCAUCGAAGGGCAAAGUCAUGCUAAAAGAAUACAAUGGCCGUUGUAUUGAAACCGAAAACAUCUUCCGCUGGAUGACCUCACAUGUGGCUCAUAGAAUAAAAACCCUGCAUCAGUCUGAGCAGCUGGUGGAGGAGUGGCACUCUGACCAGGCACACCCGGUCAAAAUGUUUCUGUUCGCAAGUCUGUCCCAACCCCCUGCCUUCUUCUCCUCGCUGUCCGUCAAGUUCACCGGAAGGAUCGAGUUCAUCUUCGUGGACGUACGUCACUGGGACAACCACAGCAGCCUAUCAGAGAUUGGUGUGACACAUAGCCCUGCCUACAUCCUCAAAAUGCCUGAGGGCAUCUAUCGCUAUGGCAACAGUACGGGGGAGUUCCUGUCCCUGGCUGCCAUGGACACUUUCCUGCGUUCGGUCCAGCCGGAGGUCAAUGACCUGUUUGUCCUCAGUCUGGUCCUCAUCAACUUGCUGGCCUGGAUGGACCUCUUCAUUACACAGGGAGCAACAGUGAAACGAUUUGUAGUUCUCAUCCGAACACUUGGAACCUACAACUCCAUACUGCUGGUGUCCUGGCUUCCUGUUCUGGCGCUCCUCCAGCUGCCCUAUCUGGACGCUCUGUAUGGUUACAGCCUGAAAUUGCUUCGAUAUGCUGACACCACCACACUGGCCAGCUUAGUGAGAGCUGACUGGACCUUCUAUUCAUCCCACCCUGCUCUCUUCCUGUCCACCUACUUGGCCCAUGGUCUGCUAGUUGACUACUUUGAAAAGAAACGCCGCUGUGGUGUUAGGAGCCAGGAGGACAGCACCACCAACCUGGAGUGGCUGGCCAGUUUGUGGGACUGGUACACUUCCUAUCUGCUCCACCCAAUCGCAUCGCUGCAGCAGGUCCCAUCAGACCACUCAGAGUGGGAGGAUGAUCCCAACUUCUUAUUUGAGCGUUUGGCUUUCCCUGAUCUCUGGCUACGCCCAUUAGUAAACGUGGACUACAUAAAAGCCCUGCCAACCUGGAUGUUCAGAGCUGUGGGUCAGCACAGGGCAGGCAGCUCUGGUGGACAGAUGCAUGAAGAGAAAGAAAGCUCACAUUCAGACACAGAGAACAGGCAGCAUAGGGAUUCUCCUCCUGCAAGUCCCAGCAUACAUCCACGGAGCAACAAAAGGCACAAGCAAUCAGUGUGCAGUGAAGACAGCAACACACCACAAUGUGUGUACAGCAACAUGGACCCCGGCAGUAACCAUCAGUGUGUGUGUGUUGCUGCAUUAUCCCUUUACUGUUGUCAUGGGAAUGUAAGCUCACCAUCAGCUGACAGGGCAAUGGAUGACGGCCGCCUCACACCUGAUGGUGUCUCUAACCAGCAGCACAGUGAUUGGUCGGUGUGGCCCUGUGACAUUCUGCAGUGCUCAGAGUGUGUGGUGUGUCUGGAGAACUUUGUGAGUGAGGAGCUGCUGAUGGGUCUGCCCUGUGGCCACGCGUUCCACCAGCAGUGCAUUGUGGUGUGGCUGGCAGCAGGCAGACACUGCUGCCCUGUGUGUCGCUGGCCCAGCUACAAGAAGAAACAGCAGAGAGGUGCACAGGGCAGCUCUGCUAAAAACUCUCUGCAGGACUGAUAAGAGGUCUGACUGAGCCCUUCUUAUCUUAAUGGCUCCUCUCUACUCUCACUGCUCACAGGCACAAAGCUCUCUGUGUCUGUCAUCAUCACAGGUUGCUUGUGGUAAAUUUGGGACUAGGGAGACAUGAAGGCAUUAUGAGUGGAUGUGAUAUGGGCUGAUGUUGUCAUGAAUCAUCGAUCACCUUGUUUCCAUUCCUAUUGAAGGUUAUGUGCUGACCAUCAUGGCAGACCAAUGAAACUAUGAAAGGCCAGUCACCAUUGUUUCUGUAUGGAGAGGAUACCGAUUCACACACUAAAUAGAUGUAGUACGGGUAAACUUCUUAGUGCAAUAAAAACAUAUUUCCUGUUUGUCUGUUUGCAGGACAGAGGACAGUAGAGUCUGUUCACCCCAGAAACCAUCAGAGAAACUACAGACAGGACAAGAAACUACUUAUCAAGCUAACCGCAUCAAAACACAACUGUAUAAGAACACACACGUACAUGGUCUUCUACAUCCUAAAUCAUGACUCACUACUUGGCCAAAAAAAACCCAUUAUGUAUGUGUUUACAUUGCAUGUGUAAUUUUGUUAAGAAUUGGAGGGAACUGGAAAGCUUCUCUAUUGAACCCUCUCACUGGUCAAUACAGGAAUGAUGUAUCAGUACAACAAAAAAACAAAAAAAAUCACUGACACCAACUUCAGUCCUUCUGGUUCUGAAUGUGUUGACUUGACCCUACCGACAACUGCUCACAAUUUUCAUUUUUACAUGACUUAACUAUUUAUUUUAAUUAUCUGGAGUGAAGUUUCCUGCCACAUCACUGGCAACAUUACUCUUUGAUUUGCCAGUUGGUUAAAAUGUUCUGUCAAAGAGAAACAGGAGAGUAUAACACGUAUGAAAGAAUCCUAAAGGUUGUGGUAUACUGUGUGGUUGAACUUCUGCUAACUCAAGAUAAGACAAUAGAAAAUAUGAUUCACCUUUCCACUUUGUCAUGCUGAAGGUCUACAGAGACUCACCAGAAUACUAAACCAUGUCAACACUUGUGUGCUGACAAAAAAAUGGGGCGCCAUAGGUUCAGAGCAUUUAAAUAUCUUUUCGCUUGUUCUUUAGAUUAAACUCUGCUCUCAUGAAACUCAUUUCCAGCAGCUACAGCUGUUUUCAGUGAAAAACUCCAAGAAGCCACUGUCCACUACCUGCUCAUCAGCAAAUAGCAAACAGACACAGUUAGAGACUAGCUGGUGAACAUA